AUACCAAAUCUCUAGGAGAGUUUCUGGCUGCCUGUGGGUAACUCCAGGUCCCCAAAUCUCCAGAGUGGGACGGUGUCCCAGGAACCACUCAGAGACCAGCUAAGGAGUUGAAGGAAGUCCGAGAGGCACUUCCGGUCCGAGAGGCUAACCAGCCUUCCUUGUUUCUCAUGGACUACAGGCUUCCCACUUGAGACAUCAGAGCUGAAGGCUGAAAUUCCUCAAGGAGUCACCUGGGAGCAAGCUGUGACCAGCCGGGAGUGACACAUCUGUAUUCCAUCCACUCUCUCCCUUUUUGUCCAUCCUUACCCUGCCCUCAUAUGCUCAUAGGCUCUUAGGCAGAAGUCAUCGCUUCGUGAUUCUGCCAAAGAUCUGCCUGUUGGGUUUGUAGGGGGAGGAAAAAAAGAAAAAGGAAAAAAAAAAAAGAAAGAAACUACAGACAACGUUUCAGCUUUGAAGUUGUCACCUUGGAGAAGUGAAGUCGAAAAGUGUGACACAAUGAAUGGACCUGUGGAUGGCUUGUGUGACCAUUCUCUAAGUGAAGAGGGAGCCUUCAUGUUCACAUCAGAAUCUGUAGGAGAGGGGCAUCCAGAUAAGAUCUGUGACCAGAUUAGUGAUGCAGUGCUGGAUGCCCACCUUAAGCAAGACCCCAAUGCCAAGGUUGCCUGUGAGACAGUGUGCAAGACAGGUAUGGUGUUACUGUGUGGGGAGAUCACCUCAGUGGCCAUGGUUGACUACCAGCGGGUAGUGAGAGACACCAUCAAGCACAUUGGCUAUGAUGACUCUGCGAAGGGCUUCGACUUCAAGACCUGCAAUGUGCUAGUGGCUCUGGAGCAACAGUCCCCAGAUAUUGCCCAGUGUGUCCACCUAGACAGAACUGAAGAGGAUGUUGGUGCAGGAGAUCAGGGUCUGAUGUUUGGCUAUGCCACUGAUGAGACGGAGGAAUGCAUGCCCCUUACCAUUGUACUCGCUCACAAACUCAACACCCGGAUGGCAGAUCUGAGGCGCUCUGGUGUCCUUCCCUGGCUGAGACCUGAUUCUAAGACUCAGGUAACAGUUCAGUACGUGCAGGAUAAUGGUGCAGUCAUCCCUGUGCGCAUCCAUACCAUCGUCAUCUCUGUGCAACACAAUGAAGACAUCACGCUGGAAGCCAUGCGAGAGGCCCUGAAGGAGCAGGUGAUCAAAGCUGUGGUGCCAGCCAAGUACCUGGAUGAAGAUACUGUCUACCACCUGCAGCCAAGUGGGCGGUUCGUCAUUGGAGGUCCCCAGGGGGAUGCAGGUGUCACAGGCCGCAAGAUUAUUGUGGACACAUAUGGAGGCUGGGGUGCCCAUGGUGGUGGUGCCUUCUCUGGAAAGGACUAUACCAAGGUGGACCGCUCAGCAGCUUAUGCUGCUCGCUGGGUGGCCAAGUCCCUGGUAAAGGCUGGACUCUGUCGGAGAGUGCUUGUUCAGGUGUCCUAUGCCAUUGGUGUGGCAGAACCUCUGUCCAUUUCCAUCUUCACCUACGGGACCUCCAAGAAGACCGAGCGGGAGCUGCUAGAGGUGGUGAACAAGAACUUUGACCUCCGGCCUGGUGUUAUUGUCAGGGACUUGGAUCUGAAAAGACCCAUCUACCAGAAGACUGCGUGCUACGGCCACUUCGGGAGAAGCGAGUUUCCCUGGGAGGUCCCCAAGAAGCUUGUGUUUUAGUGCUGCUGGGAAGUUUAGCUUUGUCCCAUACUCACCUCUUCAGGAUCUCAACUCCCUGGUCUCCUAGCCUCUCCCAGAGUGCCCUCCCUGCCUCCCACCAUCAGGGCGAUUCUUGUAAUUUCCCCCUAUCCAGCAAUCUGCAAACAUCUUAUGAAUGACAUGGCAGGUGGCUUUCUGGUGCUAGGUUAUCAUGUCUCCUUGCAAGGAUAGUCAGUAUUCCCUGCCUGUCUCUCAGAUGACAGCAAUGUUAAUUUUGUGUAAAAGUUACUCCUGACUGGCAGGAAGCCCCUCCCUCAUGUCCUCCCAUAGUCGGAACCUGACCAGGCCAUCUCUUUCUCUGUCCUGGACAUGUGCCCAGAUGAAUAGAUUGCACAGACCUCUGGCUUCCCCUUCACAUUUGCAGCCAGAGAUCCUGACCCAGGGCUCUCUCAGGGCUCCUCUGAGACUGGGCAUCUGCCACAUAAAAUACAGUCAGUGUCCCCUGAGCAUUACAAUGUGUGAGAGACCGAGCUAUGUGUUCUUCAUCACAGCACAAUAAGGUGGUAUCUUUAUUACCCACAGUAACAGAUGGGAAAGAGAAGCUCAGAGAGUCUAUGAAGCUCUGAAAAGUUUCCAUACCGCAUGUUUCAGAGCCAAGAAAUGGAUCUAGGAGUUUUGACUCUAACCCUCACAUCUGUAUCCCAAACAAGAUGCUGACCAGAGUGAUGACAAGUGGAUUGUCUUGAGGCUAUGGGUUCUUAUUUAAGGCCUGGGUUUCCUGAGAAUUAGGCGAUGAGCCUGGUGGCUUUUGGUGAGCCACUAUCAUGUUCCAGAGAAUCAAAAUGGAAACAUAUAAGUGUCUCAUUUGUUCUGGAAGAGGGCUUAAGGAAAGCUGGGUAUCUUGGCCUAUCAAGCUGGGCUGGAGUCUGGAACUAAGAAGAAGCUUCAUGGUCCUAUUCCCUAACACUCAAAGAUAGGUGUGUGAGUUCUCUGGGCAUGAGUUCUAAUCAUAGACAGCCACAUGUGCUUUCCUCCUCACAGAGGACAGACAGCUGGUUGUUCCACCACAGACUACUAUCCUCUAAUAGGGGGCCCUGCCCCCUUCAAGGCUUCCUCCUUCCCUGGACCCUCAUGCUUAUGUAUUCUAAAUGCUGCUGGGGAAGUGAGUGAUCAAGGUAUAGAGCCAGCCUCCAAGCAGUCGACAAGUUGCCCAAAAUCUCACAAGAACUGGCUUUUACCAGGUACCCUUUGCAGGACAUGUCUGUCCAGCAGGGUCCUGGGAACCACGUGUUUCUAGGUGUCCCAUCAUGAUCAAUGCCACAUAUCUAACCUGUCCCUCAUUGGGGCCUCCCCAUAGCAUCCUGCCUUCUUAGCUCCAAAGAACAUGGGAUCAGGAAAAGACUUGGGUCACAGUGAUGGCUCUGGCUAGGAGAAGGGCUGAGCAGACACCUCGCAUCUGUGCCUUGACUGGACCGAGACCCAGCUUUCCCCUUUCCACUAGGGUAAGGAAACAGCAGAGGGAAAAGCUGUUUCCCAGUGGCCAAUGGAUUCUGAAGCUGUGUGUGAUAUAGAAGCUUGGGUCUCUCUCCAUAGGGUUCAUGGCUGCCUGGGAGCCACGUUCCUCCCAGCAGAGGGAAGGAAGGAUGGGUGCACAGAAGGCUGCAUUCCUGUAACUUAAGCUUUAUCUAAAUAAAAAUCCAGAGUGGUAUACUUGCUCUAACCCUAAAAGUCAUGAUCCUUUUUUUCUUUCAACAUUCCAUAUGAAACAAAGCCAUUAUUUGUUAAUAUUACCUGAUGAUAGUAUGGUGAAUAAAAACUCAAGGAGCAACGAC